CCAGGCUCGGUCGGAAAAAAGUAGAAAGAAAUACAAGGACAUAGCCUGGGUUUUUCAUGCUGUUUCAAUGCGAACUAUGUACCUAUAAGAGGGCUUGCAUCUGCCACGCGGGGGAUUUGGUGUUUCCCGGAAUCCGUCAGCAACAGUCCACAUGAAGCAUCAUGAAGUCCUCCAACCAUUAUGGCCACAGGCCAGAGCCCAACUACACAUACCGACCAACGGUGCUGACCCCUAUCACAGAAGUCACCAGCCCGACCACCCGGAUCCGUGGGGUCGCUAGGGAUAUUUCCUUGGCAUGUAUGAUAUCGUUGAUCCCUCUAGCUGCUUUCUCUGCUUUUCUCCUCGGUCUUGUCUUUCGCUACCGAGUCAUUCCGGAGAGCCCCGUCUCCUCAACUUUUGCCGCUGCGGCAUCCAUAGAUCGCAACGCUAUUUAUGUCGACUUCCCCGCUACCACUCUAAUCAUUGUCGCAUCGUGGUCUAGCACCAUGGCGCCGCUAAUCCUGCCUUUCCUUCUGACCCUGGUCUCGUUUCCAGUGUCUAAAACAUUGAUUCAGGUCAGUCAGAACGGCGAUCGAACCAACCAGCCAACUCCGCGGCAGUAUGCUCUUAUUCUUCGCAUCAUGAGCAAUUCUUCGCUAAGCGCUCUAUGGAGUUGUGUCGCCUAUGUGUUUACCUCGAAAAGGAAGAGGGCACCAAUGACGGAGCCCUUGGCAUUCAUGACGUGGAUGCUGGCCUUGGCUUCGCUUCUGAGUGUGUUGGUCUUUGCCACGGAUACCUGGUUGCAUUUCGUGACCAAGACAGUUCUUCUCAACCAGCCAACAGCAUUUGAUAGCGCCAGCUUCAAGUUCAACGAAAACUGCACUAACAUCAACACUACCUACAAAGACGGCUGUACGCUCAACAAUGCGGCAUCAAAUUCUUUUUUAAUCAAUAGCGAGCCUGCACUAGAACUCCUCGCCAACGCCUCUAGCACAAACAUGGUCCAGCAGGUUGCCGACUCCACUGGCAAAAAAUACGCCUUUAUCGGCCUGCGACCGACUAAUCGAAUUGCCAAUUUGGACUAUACAGCUACCUCUUUUGGAGCAUCUUCCCAGUGUCAGGUUGUCACGAAUCAUUGCAUAAGUGAAGAUGACAUUAGUGGUUCGCAGGCAACCUUUAAAUGCGACUUUGCCCCAGCACAGGGAGUUAUAUCAACCACUCAAGUGGAUACAAUAGCCUUCACUUAUUUCACCGACUCAUCAAUGAAGAAGAACACUUCUUCCUCCAUAUCGAUGCCGAACCCAUAUUACUUUACCGCUGUAGUCAGCAUCAACCAGAACUUGGGCCGCAACCCUAACAGGGGCCUGAUUGAUGAUCCUGAUAUAAGCAGCGGCCUCCAUGGGUCAACUCUUUUCGCAUUGCUUUGCAGCACCGAGGUAUUUGAUUGGAAGUAUACUUCGAUAAAUGGCUCCGUCACAGCCUUCACAUACUCUCCGAGCAACUCGUCCACUACCAAUAUUGUAAUGGGGACUCAAGCACAUACCCAUGUCGGCGAUUCAUAUAUCCUCCAACAAAGUAGUCUGGAUGUAUGGCGAAGCGACACAGCCGAAGAGGUGGCUGAAAAGUUCGCCGAAACAUAUAGUCGAACCAUCCUGGGCGCAAUCGGAGGAGCUUUACUCCCCGCACCAGCUGAAGAGGCCCAGUCGCGAUCCUCCAAACUCGUAGCUAAGGUUCCUAAGGGUCCUUUGGCGUGUCUCCUAGUUGCAAAUUGGCUUCUUGUAAUACUUGGACUAUUCCUGACCAUUCGAGCAUUCCUCGCACUGAGUGGUGAUGUUGGGGACGUACAAGCGAGACUAGGCAUUACUGCACUUGUUGCAGCAUAUUUUGAGGCAGACAAAGUCGGACUUCAAUUCUCAACGACCCCUCUGGUCUCUACUAUGGCAAAUACUCUCACCUUGUCAUCUGCGGUUGUCGCGGGCGGCCCGUUUGAGCAACAAGGCUCUAUUGACUGGGUCCAGAUCGCUAGAAUGUCCAUUUCUGUGCCAAUCUCCAUUCUCGCACGCGUUACAGCCGCCGAUGUUUCUCCGCUUACCAUCGUCGUGGGGCAGGAAAUGUCAUCCCUCUUCCGAUUGUCCACCACCGGACAUGAACGUCUCAUUAGAGCACUUGGGGAACUGAAGAGCUUCUCUGCCAUCGGAGAUGCCAUUUGGUUUGGCUUUGGGAUCAAGCACAUAGUGCGAGUCCUUGCGGAGACUGGCAAAGGACUGACAUGCCUGAUGCUAUGUGCAUGUCUUUCUGAGAUUCAUCCACCAAAAACCUGCGCCGAAAUCUUAAUCAGGCUGGCUGAUGUUUGUGACGCCCCUGAUCAUCUACGUCCCUCUGCUAGUCAAUGGUUGAAUCUAGUAGGAGCUUGCUCUGGAACUCUCAAGUCAACGACCUUUGCAUGCAUCGCGGAGCAGUUCAUGGCAUUCCAUCGCCCUUACGUGAACGAGGAAUACAUGGAUGAGGCUGCAGAUGUUGCUAGAGCUUUGCUCGCCGUGGCGCGUGGUUCUUCGGGUGUGCUGAGUUCGGUCGAGAUUCGAAGUGCCGAUAAUGCUACGAUUUACAAGUCCACGACCAACGAUGACUCAAUCCGUCUGUUGGUCAUAUACGGGACAGCACAGUCCUCCAACCAGGUCCAGGUCAACAGCACCGCAUACUUCAUAAACUCUCUUGAUCGCGUCAUGGCCCAUGAGCAGCGGUUUGAUUCCAUUAUAUCUGGGACCGUUCCAUGGAAUAAGUGUUUUUCAACAACUUUCGGUGACUCCUUCGGGGACCUUCUGGGUGCCAAGCAAGACUUUGGGCGGCUAAUCGGCGCUUCCGCACGUGUCUUUCGAGGCUUGACCAUUUCGGAUACCAGUAGCAUCUUCAAUUCUAAUGACUGGGUCGAUUGGUUCGGCUUUCAACCAGGUCAAUACGGACAUGGAUUCUGGCAUUCUGCUACUUCAUGGUUCCCUGAACUUUUACCCCUGGGUCCCAACAUUGAUUUCGAUACGAACAUGUCUGUUGACGAUGCUGUUGAGGCAUAUAAUCUAGCCUCGGAGAGCUUGGCACGCACCUGCAACUGUCAUUACUGUUCCGGAGACUGCUCGAGAUCCAUGAGGGGCUACUGCCUCCCCGUACUUGCCGAGACCAUUAUCUUCCUUAUCUGGAAUGUUUCUGCUCUUCAAAUCCACACCGAUCUCAAGCCCUAUCACUCUGGCUUGAGAUUCAUUUACCAACUCCACUCCGGUGAGGCUAUGACCGAUCCUAGUUUUGGAGAAUGGUAUGGAGGCGAUGCCCAUCGUGAAGCUUACUGGGGAAAUAUUGUUCGUCUCGUACGACGUCUCGACCUUGCUUCAGUAUACCAUACGGCGCAGUUUCUGUUUACCAAUGACUUAUAUCCUCUGCAGAGAUGCAAGGCAUUUACUGCCGCUUCUGUUGGGGGUCUCUGCUUCUAUUUUGACAUCUUGCGUAAUGUGUCAGAUCGACCAGAAGAGGCAGUGACACUGCAUGUUGUACCUGGAGUAAUCCAGACGAAUGCCGGACGACAAUACUCUUUCAUUGCGGAUAAAACGGGCACGAGGUCUGAUGGUCUUUUAGGAUUUGACUGGAUAGGCACCCGUUCCUUCGAGGAUACUCCUCAAUACAAAGCCGAUUACAAGGCCAGUGUGACAGAGUCAUUGGGCGGCAAUAUCUCGAUCCCUAUACUUGGUAUGGACACAGGAAGCUCUGAUUUGAAUGUCAAGUUUUUCAUUGAAGAGUCUACCAGCGGGUUGCUCGUCGAUCUUCACUUCAUCAGUGCCGCGGGAACCAGCCGUGUUGGGGCAUAUACCAUGCUCAAAGAGAUCAUCGAGAACUCAGGACUAGUCCAGUGCACUCACCGCGAUUGCGCCAGGAUGGAUCAGAUUAAUUGCGACAUAUCUGUUAUAGACGGAGAAGGCUCUGUGUCUGAUAAUCUCCAGCCGAGAAUCUACGUACGAAGACUUGCGGGUAAUCCUUUGGCGAGGUGCGUUGGGCUUUUGGUUAACAGAGAAUGGAUGGAUGCCCCCAUAUUGCGCCAGCGGGAGUGUAUACCAUGCUGUGUCAGGACUGCUGCUAACCUGCGACAUGAUCAUCGGAGGUCUCCAUCCUAUGUUAUUCUUUAAUCCAGC